UGCGGUGUCCUGGCUCCCGCUGCCGGUAGAGCUCGAGCUAGCUCAAGCGUCUCAGUUGUUUUUAGCCGCACGGUGCUCGCGCUUCACCUGCUAACCUAUUUAGCUCUAGCUAGCUAACCUUAAUGAUAAAGACUGUGUAACCUAGAUAUACUGUCUUUGAAAUUACCGAAGAUAUAGUGAUUUAAAUAUCAGAUAGCCACAGUUUGAAAGAGAGGAGAGGUUCGCCAGCCUACUGUAAAAUGACCUGGGAUGACACAGGAGAGGAGUUGACAGCGUGGGCGAGGUGUGCUGCUGUGCUGCUAGACUGCUGUGGUCUGCUCCACCUGGAGCAGCAGCUCUGUCCUCCUGCCUCCCUCUGCCUCGGUCCCCCUGCCUCCCUCUGCCUCGGUCCCCCUGCCUCCGUCUCUGCCUCUGUCCCCCUGCCUCCAUCUCUGCCUCUGUCCCCCUGCCUCCGUCUCUGCCUCGGUCCCCCUGCCUCCGUCUCUGCCUCCGUCUCAGCGUUGGAUGCAGCAGGGACACGCAGCAGAGCAGCAGAGGUCAGGAGAAAAGGAGGAGAGUCGGAUGAUGUGGGGUGUCCAGGUGUCUGUCUGUGAGCGAGCUGCCAUGAGGCGGGGAUAAUAGACCAAGGGCCCACAGGGACCAGGGACCCACAGGGACCCACAGGGGCCCACAGGGACCACCAGGGACCCACAGGGACCACCAGGGACCCACAGGGACCACCAGGGACCCACAGGGACCCACAGGGACCAGGGGGAUCUGAGGCGCGGGGAGCAGCAGGCGUCAGCCAGGCCAGGCGUCUCCAGACCCGCCAGGCAAGAUUUCUCGUGUGGUGCUGCCGGGCCGGAGGAGGGGCGCGGUGAGGAGGCUAGAGGCUCUCUGGAUGAUGACCAGCCUGUUCCGUCGCAGCAGCGCCGGCGGAGGCGGUCACCACGACGACGUGGACCACGGUGGAGACGGGUCCUCUCCCGGCGAGCUCAACAACAGCCGCCCCGGGCGCCAGGUGAGGCCUCUGGAGUUCAGACAGGCCAUGGAGGACUUCCACUCUAUGUUCCCCAGCAUGGAGCCAGAGGUGAUCGAGUGCGUGCUGCGGGCCAACCACGGGGCGGUGGACGCCACCAUCGACCGUCUGCUGCAGAUGAGCCUGGACGGACACGACUCAGACGACAGCUCCGACUCAGACGACAGCAUCCCUCCUGAGGUCAGUCUCCCUGAGGUGCUGGAGCAGACCCUGGAGCCAGACAGCUCAGACGAGGAGCCCCCCCCAGUGUACUCCCCCCCCUCCUACGACAUGCACAUCUACGACAGGAAGUACCCUGACCACUUCCUGCCAGCCCCACCACCCAGGUUUGACGCCCAGCCCCCGCCCAGUCAACGGCCGGUUGGCAACUACAGGAACUGGAACCCACCGUUGCUAGGCAACCUCCCUGACAACUUCCUGCGUAUCCUGCCACAGCAGCAGGACAGCCUGCCAUGCUCCCAGAGCAGUCUGACCCAGCCUUCCUCCUCGUCUUCGUUGUCCUCGUUGUCGUCGGUGACGCAGGCGGGCGAGCCGGGGGUCUCCAUGGAGACGGAGCAGGAGAGGAAGCUGCGGUGGUACCUGGAGGACGAGCGUGUCGCCCUGUUCCUGCAGAACCAUGAGUUCAUGAGGGAGCUGCAGCACAACCGAGACUUCCUCGUCGCUCUGGAGAGAGGAGAUGAUCGUGGGUCUGGCUCAGUCGAAGCCUGCACCCCAGCCUCAGACGAGGCCCUGUUCAGUGACAAGCUCAAGCACAUGGGCAAAUCCACCAGGAGGAGGGUCCUGGAGCUGGUCAGAGCCUUCUCAGAGAAGACCCGCAAGAGGAAAGCCAAGAGGAGAGAUCUGAUGCCGCAGCGUCCGUAUCCUCUGGGCACCUCCACUGCCAACCUCCUGGCUGAUGAGGAGGGGCCGCUGAACGGAGACAACAGCAAGAUCCGGAGGCCGGCCACACAGGAAGAGGAGGUGCCCCAGCAGGAAGUGUUGUCAUGAUAAAUCAGACCCCAGUAAAACCCUGUAUGCAGACACCAAGUGUGGACCUGAGGAAGCCUUCUCACGGCAGAGUGGAGCCAUCUAGGAGAACUGUGGACGCUCGUCUCACAAGAGUUCAGCAGCACCUAGAAAUAGGAACAAACAUCAGCUCAUUUGUGAAACUCGUACAUGAACCAUUUUACUCAGCAUUUAUAAACCAAAUGUUCUGCAAAUGAUGCUCAAGUUAAAACAAAAUGAUCUAGCUUAAACUUUUUUUUUUUAUUAAUUCCAAAAUGUAUUUUUAGGUGAUUGGUUUGUUGCUCUAUUGCUGUAGACUUGAAAAUAUCUUAUAACUCAGAUCAAUCCAAAACAAAUAAAAGUGAUUAUUGAUUGUAAUAUUUUGAGAAUAAUCUUAUGUAAAUCUUUUCUUUAACAGCUUUGAUUUUCCAUUUGAAUAAUAAAAUAAUGUUGUACCCUG